AUGUCUGGUGAACAUCAUUGCGCCGCUACCAGCACUGUUAACAAGAAAUGUGAAUGUGAGGAUGACCUGCGAGACUCCGAUCGCCUCUGGACGGACUUUGAGCAUUGUGCUCAGCAAGUUUCGCGGCUUUAUCGUGAUCCUACCUGGAAAUCUCUGCAAACGGCUGCUGCUUCUACCACUCAGCUAUAUAAGAGUUCAAUUGAUGUUCAUCGACGUGGGUUCGAAAAAGGAUUUCGCGCUGGCCGUAUUAGUUUAGCUAAGGAGGUGAUGACUGCGCUAACGAGUGGAUCAGCUAUUGAUCUAAACAGUCUCUUCGAAAUGUUGUACGCGAAUGUGCGCAUGUCGUCCACUGAAGAUGGGCAGCGCAUGGCUCCUCCACCUGUGGUAUCCUCAGACACCGUUGCAGCUGUACAUCUCUUCCAACAGGUGGAUAUAGGCACUCUCUCCUGCUGCAUCGGCAUCCCCUCAGAGGGGACCGGAUCUCAAUGCAUUUCUGUCAUCACAGGUGCAGCGUCAUCGCAAACGACAGCGUCAGCGAUCACCAACAUCUCCUUCCACACUUAUAAAGAAAGUGCGGCGAAUAUAGAUUUGCUGGCUUAUCGUGCUAGGAAAUUUCAACUGCUCUCGUUCUUGUACAUAACAAACCCUCAAACUCGUCGAUAUGUUUUCAGUUUUUCCAGGAGUUUGCUUCUUGUCCGCUUAUAG